AUGUCUACCUGGAGAGAAUACCGACGAAUGUCCGAGACGGAAUUGGCGAUUUACGGCCGAAAAUACUCACAAAUUGCUGAAGAGAACCAUGAGCGUAUAUCGGUUUAUAUCAAGAUUUUCGACACAGUGGUGGUAAUUGAGACGGAUGAAAAUAUUACGAUACCCAAAGCCGAUUUCGACCAAACCAUGGCGAAGCGCGGACAAAAUAUCGCACUUCGGCGUGCUCUUCACGGCUAA